AUGUUCUUUGCGGGGAGCCUAUUCAGGUCCUCCGCAGCUGCGGCGAGUCAACCAGGCUUGGCCUCCACGCGGACCAACAACAUCCCCGACUUUGAGGUUACGGAUGAUGAUGCCGGCGAUGACCCUGAGAGCUUCCAGAUGGAGCCUUCUAUCGAUAAUGCACGAUUUCGUUCCAACUUCUAUCCAUCCUACACGAUGGUUUAUGGGUGGCCUAGCACUGGAGGCUUCUAUAUGUUGCAAUGCGACGGCGUAGACCUCGAGUUCCUUGGCGUUGACCGCCUCGUCCCAACACCGCGGAGCGAUGAUCCAGCGGAGGAGGAUACUCACUGUAUCAACAUGCGCAAACUCGGUGCCAAGUUUUACCAAAGCGAUUGGGAUUACUAUCUCAAGACCACCACACACGAGGAUCUUCAGGAUCGCUAUCAAAAAGCGAUGGAGCUUGGCAAAGAUAAUUUCUUCGCGGCUGAAGAGGCCAAUAAGGCCGCCGAGAAGUUCAUCAAGGUUUUUGGAUGGCCGACAACCGGUGGAGUCUGGGCAUUGAAGGUGUCCACGGACAAAGUCCACUCGUUUGGCAUCAGAAACGCCUUCACGAUGGACGAAAAGUGUCGGGCGAUUGAGAUGAUGGGGGGAGUCUUUUAUGCCGACCCAAACGAGUGCCCAGAUUUGGACCUUGUAUAG